GUUCUCCUUACGGCCGCAACAUGAAACCGGAGACCGUUCAGAGUGACGCGCUUCACGAUUUGCGAACACUGGCAUGAGUUUUGUAAAGUGAGAUGGCUGUUUACGCAAAAUGCAUCUUUGAAAACUCAGUGGAUUAUUGCAAGAUUUUGCCCUUUUUCCCGAGAACCCCAAACCAGAAUGAAAACUGAUGAAGUAUUUUUCGACGAUCCAUGCACAUAUGUUAAAAUUUCGCGGAGAUGAAUAAGCCUCAUAUAUACAUUGCCAUUGAAUUGAUAAUUGCUGUUCUGUCGAUCGCCGGCAAUGUUUUGGUGUGCUGGGCUGUUGCAAUCAACACUACACUAAAGAACGCGACGAACUACUUUUUAGUGUCUUUGGCAGUGGCAGAUAUAUUGGUUGGCUGCCUGGCCAUACCUUUUGCCAUCACCAUCAGCAUCGGUCUGCCUUCAGAUUUCUACGGAUGCCUUUUUCUCGCUUGUUUUGUUUUAGUUCUCACCCAGAGUUCAAUUUUUAGUCUUCUGGCGGUCGCAAUUGACAGAUAUCUGGCUGUUAAAAUUCCCCUAAGAUACAAAGAGCUUAUGACAGGGAAGAGAGCCAGAGAGAUCAUUGCCAUCUUAUGGAUCCUGUCAUUCGUCAUCGGUCUUGUUCCAUUUCUGGGUUGGAAUGAGUGGCACGAGGCAUGUUGCAAGAAUGAGACCUUUCCAUAUGCCAACUCCAGCUGCAGCAGCAGCAGGCUUCUGCAGAGCUGCCGGCUCAAAUGUCUGUUCGAGAAGGUGGUGGACAUGCACUACAUGGUCUACUUCAACUUCUUCGGCUGUGUGCUGCCACCGCUGCUCAUCAUGUUGGGUAUCUACAUCAAGAUCUUCACCGUGGCCCGGCGCCAGAUGCGUCAGAUCGAGCUCAAGUGCAGUGUGGGCAACGGCGAGAGCCACCACCACGGCAUCCUGCAACGGGAGAUCCGCGCCGCCAAGUCCCUGUCCAUCAUCGUGGGCCUGUUCGCCCUGUGCUGGCUGCCUGUGCACAUCCUCAACUGCCUCACGCUGUUCUACGAAGAGCUGCACAAGCCCCCGGAGGUCAUGUACACAGCCAUCCUCCUGUCACAUGCCAACUCGGCCGUCAACCCAAUCAUCUACGCGUACCGCAUACAGGACUUCAGGGUCACCUUCCGGAAGAUUCUGACGCGCCACUUCCUGUGCCGCAAGGAUGAGCUGUACCUCAGCUCCAAUGGCAGCAAGCGACACAGAGACCAGAUCAACAUGACGAUUGACCCUCUGCUAUAGUAGGCCAACGAGAGAGAAGCCAACCUUUGCCCACGUAACAUCCAAUUUGAAAUGUCUCCAGUGUUUUUUAUACCAUGAAAUAUGUGUAAAGGAAUGUUUACAGAAUAGAAUGAGAGGAUAUGCUAGAAAUACACGUUGAAAUGCCUUGGAUGUGAAUUCUUAUUUAUGAAAUGAGCACAGGACCAUUGGUCUGAUUCCUGAAAGCGGGUGCUGUUUUUUGUCUUUGGUGGAUCUUUUUUCCGUUUGAGGGUAACGGUCAUGCAGGACUUAUCGAAUAGUUUUACCUCUUCAUGCUUACAUCAUAGACUACCACUAUAGCAGAUCACAGUCUCCCCAAACUACACGUACAAACUUGAAAAUUCACUCCAUUAUCUAAGCCUCGACGAAGGACAAAACUAGUUAGAGAUUAUUAGAGCGGAGCUGCAGGCUUUCCAACGUAAAGACAAAAUGUGACUUGUGCCAGUGUGUUGAAGGAAAAAAAGUCAUAGGAAGCGCCCCUUAUGGACCUGUGUAAGCAGGAAAUACCUGACUUUAUGUCUGCAGUAUCCGAGAAACCCUGAAGAACUGAAAUAAUCAUUAAAGUGCAGAAGUCUUUAUCGGCUUUGAAGCAUUUCACAGAUGCUUUUUAGUUAGUGGCAGUGGCUCAGAAGGUAGAGAAGUUGUCCAGUGGGAGGCUGCUGGUUUGAGCCCAACUCCUCCUGAGCCUGUCGAAGUGUCUUUGAGCAAGACACUUAACCCCAGUGCUCCCGAUGAGCAGGUUGGCGCCUUGCAUGGCAGCCUCCACCAUCGGUGUGUGAAUGGGUGAAUGUGAGGCAUGAUAAUGUAAAAUGCUUUGGGUGCUCGCAGGAGCCAAAAAAAACGCUAUAUAAAUGCAGUCCAUUUACCAUAGUGGAGGAUAUACUGUACAAAGAACAUCCAACAGAAAACUUGUAAUUUUGAACUAUGACUUGUUUGGCACGUUUGAAUUUCAAUUACUUUUCUGUAUGUGUGUGUGUGUGUGUGUGUGUGUGUGUGUGUGUGUGUGUGUGUGUGUGUGUGUGUGUAUAUAUAUAUAUAUAUAUAUAUAUAUAUGUAUAUGCACAUGUGAAUCUUAUUCUAGAUUCAACUUAGAAAGCUCAGGAAUGAUCAUCCUAGCGGUGGACACUUAAACAGGUCACUUAAGAGGGAGUCCAACUAUUUCAGCCCUAUUCUUAAUUUGUCUAAGCUUCAAUCAGGAUCCUUUUCUCCAUGAGCUUCAGCUGUGACUUGUCCCAGCCCUCGUACACACACACACACACACACGUGCAGAGCCUGGUCCCAGCUGUGCUGGCAGGGUCCUGACAGCCCAACUGUCACCCCACCAAGCCAUGGGCAGCAUUUGUCAUUGAAUGUGUGUAUUCAAUGAACCACUACUGACAUCAGGAUAUACCCAAACACACACACGUCUCUGAUAGGGGAUGGCACUUAAGCAUCGACAUAAAUGAUAAAAGCUGCUUUCAUCUUUAACAGUAAAAAAUGCAGGACCUUAACUAUAAAUACAUGAGAGCUGCUUCGACAACUGUAGCCAUCCCACUACGCAGACUAUGAAUGUAAACGUUCAACACAUUGCAGGCAGCACAGCUGACUAGAGGAUUUCUUUGCUUGUUGUUUGUGAACAUUUCCUGUGUGGUGGGGAGGACCAUUCACUCGUCAAUAUCGGCUUGAAGUCAAGCAUUGUACAAACACUACAAUGGGAGUCCUAGAGCUUAUAAUGGUUUUCGGAGUAGAUCGCAAGGAGAGAAAAAAAAAAUCGGAAAUGAAUUGUGGCGCGUUCCUUAUUAACUGUGAGUCUUCUGGUGCUGCACUGUGCUGUAUGCGUACUUGGCCGAGCUUUCAAAUGCACUGAUGUGUGACUAAUGUGUUUGUUUUCACCAGAAUUUAAAACUAUAGAAACAAAAACAAAAAAAGAUUUUGUGUUAUGAGGCGCCUUGUGAUGACAGUCAGUACCAUCACAGUGUUGCUAUUUAUUGCAUUAUCCAGCAGCUCUUUUACAAAGGAAUAUAACGUAAAUUGAGAUUGAUGUGAAAUGCCAAAACUCCUAGGGCACAACUCUGAGUCUGGGUGUCAUGCAAAGCUUGAUGAAAUGGUUAAUUCAAUACUUUAAGGGCUAAACUAGAGGAAUGACUUUGUGGACAUUCCAUUGGAGACCAACCUGUACUUCAUUCUACAUUGUUGUCCAUUAAUCUUUUUACACUGAUGUGCAUUCCAGUAGAGCUGUGGUAAAUAACUAAAACGCUUUUUUAUAUUGAUGAUUUAUCAAUCCUGCCACUGAUUAAAACAAUAAACAGUGUUUUUAAAAAGACAAACAUUGUGUAUUUUAAAAACUAUGCUUCAGUAAGGUCAUUAGUCAGCAUAUACGGUGGUUCACAAUGUUUUGGUGUUUUCAGUGCUCGAAGAAGAAAUUGUAAUUCGUACUACAAAUGUAAACCAGUAUUGUUAUUUAACAUGAAUAAAACUGUAUGUAUUGUGACUUAUUUUGUUAAUAAAAGUGUAUGUUUAUAUAAA